CAAUGACAUUGACGUUUGCCUUUGAUUUUGUAAACAUCGGCAUGCAUCAUGCUAACCUUUAUUUUCUAAUGAAAUUGAAAAAUAAUUACAAAUGAUUAUGAAUUUCUUAAAGAAAUUCAACUUUAGAAAAAGGUAAAAUAAACCAACAAACCCUUAAGUUAGCAAUAAGUUAAAUUCUGUAUAAGAACAAGCAAAAUGUCGCACCAAUUGGGGCGAGUGGUUUCAGAGAUUUUACACCAAUAUUUUGGUGAAAUUGUGCAAAAAGUUGGACACGAUUUGUUUAUUUACGGUAGCAAGCCAAUUCCUAUGAUUGUAAAGACUACUGGAUUGCCGCGUAAACAGGUAGUUGAUAGUUUGCGCACACUAGUCAAAUUUGAUUUGGUAUCAUUUGAGCCAUCCUUCAACGAAGUAGUUGCUGACUAUAAGCUGAACCCUGACAAUGUCCUUCUUCUCAUUAGAUAUCCAAGAUAUCUCCUGCAAAUAAAGACAAAGUUUGGUUCGGAAGCUGAAUUAUUGGUGGAGGAACUCUUACAGCAAGCAUCAUGUACUGCAAGUGUGUUGAUGGUCACAGUAGCUGCCAAAUAUAAAGAUGAUAAGGAGAAGAAUAUAACAUUAGUGAAGUUACGAGAUAUAUUUAUUAGUAUAGCAACAGCUAGAUAUAUUCAGCAAGCACCAGUAGCAGACAAUAGUGAGGUGCCUUCACUGGAGCCUGUGGCGACAAUCGUACCGGAUAUUGAUGUAAGACAGCUAGCGCAGGCAAUGGCAACAGAUACAUUAGCUGAUGUUAACGAUAAUAUCUACUGGAAAGUAAAUUUCGACAGAUUCCAUCAGGACUUCAGAGAUGACAUAAUGGUAAAAGCUAUCACUCGACGGAUUGAUGAAAAUGCGGGCGAGCUGAUGCGGCUGCUGCUGCAGCAGAUGUACCUGUCGUCGGCGGAGUGGGCGGCCGAGUCCAACCCCACGCCGGCGCUGGAGCUGCGCACGGCCGUCCAGCGCGCCGACUUCACCGACUGCGCCGGCGCGGACUGCGACCGCAAACUGCUGCAGACGCACAUCGACCAGUAUCUUAGAGUUUUAGAGGAGAGUGGCGCGGGGUUCGUGCGUCGGUCGGGCGAGUCCGGCGGCGGGCUGUACGCGGUGCGCGGCCGCCACGCCGCGCUGCAGCUGCUGCUGGACGCGCUCGACCACUGCGUCACGGAGCGCCUCGGCUCCAACGCUGCUAGGAUAUUCAGAUUGAUUCGCACAAAGAAAUACAUAGAGGAGGACGAUAUCCAGAAGCACGCGAUGUUGCCCAACAAGGAGUGCAAAGAGCUCACAUACAAGCUGCUGGAGGAACACUUUAUUAGUAUACAGCCGAUGCGCAAGGCGGCGUCGUCCGGAGCGAUGGCCAAAGCUGUGUACUUGUAUCAUAUUAAACUACACCACGUGGCGCAAAGUCUGCGCGAGCUGUGUCACCGCCAACACAUUGAUGACGUGGAGGAGACGCUGACGCCGCCGGAGCUGUCCCUGCUGAAGGACGUGGAGGCGCGCCUCAAGCAGCUGAGCGGCGCGCAGCUCGCGCUCGACAAGAACCUCUUCAUACUCAACUGGUACUUCAUGUACCCGCAGUGAGCUCUGCCGCCGGUGUAGAGUUUUAAAUUGUGUUUUUCGCAUCGACUUAUGGGAUAAUCCGAGAUGUUAAGAUAUUUGAUGUCUCCUAUACCAGUGGAGAGCCGCAGUCUGGUUUUUUAAGUGACUUCGUAAAAUUUUCAAGGAAAUGCAAGAACAUUGUUCACAUUAAUAAAUAUUUGUUAAUAUAA